GAUUUAUAAGGUGUAGUGUUCUUGUAUUAUAAAUUCAAAAGGCUUAUCGAUCACAAAUUAUUAAGAUUUAUUUGUAGUUAUUUUAAAUGAGAACUAUGCCUUUCUACGGUUCAGUCAGCAGUGUUUAGGUUGCAUGUAAACAUGGCUUCCCAUAGUUUGGAGUCUGUCCCGGAAAGGAAAACAGUGAAGGACAUGAAAAAGAAUAUCCUGAAGGAUAAAAGAAGAAAAAGAAAAAGGAAUGAUGUACUAAACUUGUCAAAAUGGCAUAACAAAUCCAGCACAUCUUUCAUGAAAGCUACACUGAGAGCCAACAAUACAGCAUUGGCGAGGGCGCUAGAGAGGACAAAGCAGGAGAGCAGUGAGCUGCAACAGUCUGUGCUAGAAUUGCAAAAGGAAAGGCAUUUACUGAUGUGUGCUGUCAACGCCUUAAACCGCACAAACUUGGAAUAUGAGCAAAGAUUUGCAAAUAUCCGUGAAUCACUGCGAAGUGUCACUUCAAGUCUGCUAGGGGCAUCCAGUAUGCUGAGCACUACCUUAGGCAAUUGUACAUCACCAGUUGCAGACCGAGGCUCUCUCGCAUCUAUUAUAUCAGAAGAUGAUGUUUAUGAAAACAGGAAGAUAAGUGGACCUAGUAUUUACUACAAGAAACCAAGCUAUGCAUCUAAAGGCUUGAGCCAAGAAAUUUCAGACCUAUGUGAGAGCAAGGAGAAGAUCGAUGGCAGUCUAGAUGAUGUUUCAGAGAAGAACCUUGUGAUCCCAGAGGUACCAGGUGAUGAGAGCAUUAACAUCAGGAUCUCACUGCCAAGCUUCUUGAAUGAUUCAGUAGCCACAGAUGGAAAAACUAAUCCACCAUCACCAUUGGUUAUUGAGCAAGAUGUAUGUUCAGUGAGAGAACAAGAUAAAGAUGCACAGACAGGUGACCACAUAGACACAAAAUCCAACAAGAAACUGAACUUUUCAACUAGCUUCACUGAAAGCAUGCCAUCCAUGGACGAUAACAUUCCAAAGAGGAAUUCUCAAGAGAAUAGAGAAGAAAGUUGUGUUGGAAGUAGUGUUAAAACCAUUAACAAGGCUAACAGCUUUGCCACCUUUUUCCCCCUGUCUCCAAAAGAUGCAAAGUUGUCUAAGAGUUCUGGAAAGUUCAAACAAAAGAAUACAAAAAGACAUAGCAUAUCCAGAUUAGUUGAUGAUCCUUUUAAAACACAAUCUAAAAUUGCUCAUUCACCUGUUACAAGAAAUAGUGGAAUUGAUGAAAAUCAACAUCACUUAUUGCAGAAAAAUCUUAAUGCAGAAAGUACACAAAAGCUAUCAGAUUCAUCAAACCAAAGAACAGAAAAUGAAGUGGUUGGAGAACUUAAUGAAUCAAAAGUGGUGGAUAAUGACACAGCAGAGAAUAUACCAAUUUGUGAAGUUAAGCUAGAGAGGGCAGUAAGUACUGAUGACAUAUUAAACAAUGAAGGCACUGAUAUCCUUUCACCUGAUGAGUUGCAGUAUGGCAUGUUUGGAGGAUGUCUAGACAUGUCUCCAGAAUUAAUUGGUGAGGAAAUGGAACUUACUGGGACUCUGAAUGCAUCAAUUGUCCUAAAUGCACUACAACAUUUUGAUAGAACAAAAAAACAAAAAAACAUUAAGGAAGCUAAUGACCAUAAGCUGACGACAGCAUCUAUUGGUCAAAGUGAUAGGGAUGCUCAUGGUAUGUUGAAGAAAAACACUGGAAAUGGUGCUGAACAUGUUAGUGAUGAACAAGGCAUAGCCUCCAGCAAACAUAGAACAAAAACUAAGAUUGCAAAAGAGGGAAUAACAUCAGAGUCAGAGAGUGACACAAAGAAUGAUUUUCAAUGUAACGAACAAAAAUCACAAACUACAGCACUUAAAAAGUGUAGGAAAAGAAAACCAAAAUCCAAGAUCCCUAAAAAAGAUUCAAAAAAGCCAAGUAGUGUAUUCGAUAUUAGUGCUGGUGAGUACUUUUCACAUCCCAGUCCAAGUAGGCUGUCGAAGAUCCUCACCGUAGAAAAUACCAAUGACGAACCUGAAGUCAAAAAGAAUCAAAGUAGGCUGUCAAAGAACCGCAUUGGUGAAAAUGCAAGCAGCAAACCUGAAAACGGAAGAAAUCCAGGGCGGCUUAAAAGUAACCUCACUGUUGAACAUGCAAGUGACAAACCUGAAAACAGAAGGAAUUCUAGUCAACCAUCAAAGAACCUCGCUGUUGAAAAUACAAAUGACAAGCUUGAAAAUGAAAAAAAUCCAAGUCAGCUGUCAAAGAAUGUCAUCAUUGAAAUUGCAGGUGAGAAACCUGAAAAGAAAAAGGAUUCAAGUGUUGGAAAUACCAGUGACAAACCUGAAGAAAAAACAAAUCCAAGCAGGUCAUCUAAGAACUUUACCAUUGAAAAUACAAGUGACAAACCUGAAAACAAAAAGGAUUCAAGUGAGUCCUUGAGGAACCUUACUUUUGAAAAUGCAAAUGACAAACCUGAAGAAAAAACAAAUCCAAGCAAGUCAUCAAAGAAAUUCUCCAGUGAAAAUGCAACCGACAAUCCUGAAAAGAAAAAGUCAACAUCACGUCAAACAUUGCGUAGAGGUACAUUCCUUAUUGCAAAAACCAAAAUGUCACAGAACGUACUCAGUGACAGUGACAGCGAACACCAGAAGAAUUCUCCUUUGACAUCCAAGAUAAAUAAGUUACCACAAGAAAAAAAGAGAUCAGUCAAAGACCACCAGCCUAAAGCUGUGGUGACCUCAAACUCUCAAGAUGAUCAUGGGAAAAAGAAUAACGUUGACAGUAUUUCGAAUCUAGAUGAAAAGAACAAUGCAAAUUCACAGAAGACACCCAAGACAUCUAAGAAACCAGAGAAGAAACGCAAAACAUUUAAUUUGACCAAGGAUAAAGACAAGGCUAAGGAUAAAGACAAUAAUUCCAUAGAAAUCAGCAAUCAAGUUUCCUGUACAGCAGACAUAACAUGUGAUAGUUCUUCAGAUACCCCAAAGACAGUUGUAAAAGAGAAAACAACUAGGAUACCCUCAAGCAAAUCAAAGAGUGCAUCCAGAAGAGUAACAUUUCAUAUGAAAAGCAAAAUGAAAAAGGACGACUCCCAAUCUAUAGAAAUUACAGAAGAAACACCCAAGAGGAGACCAUCAGGGUCGAAAAAAUUAGAUAGUGUAGCUCUGGAUUCUGAUGUGGAACCUGAGAUCACCAUUAUUCCCGAUACUCAUAUGAAGAAGAGCCGGAAGAAAAGGGUUGUGAGCUCUGUCCCAGAUUCUGAUGAAGAAUCACACGGCAAACAAGAUUGUGUGGUUCCAGUUGAUGGGAAUCAGAAGAAAGGCAAAUCUACUUCUAAAAAAAUGACCGACAAGGAAAACAGUCCAGUAGCGAACACCAAAGAGCAUAAAAGAACUCCAAACAACAAAAAGAAAGACAAGAAGAAAAGUUCAAAGCAAAAGGCUAAAGUUCAUGAAGAAUUUGAUGACAGUGUUCCUGAAGUUACUGAUCAACCAACUCCUAAACAGAAGAAAACUCCUGAAACGAAAUCCAAGAGCAAGGCAAGGGGUCAGAAGUCAGUAGGUCAAGUAAAGAAUGAGGAUAAGUGUAAAAUUGAUGACAUAACAACUGCAGUAGCCUCUGCCAACAAACCACAACCAGUGGAGCAGGUUGAUUGUCAACCGUCAAUUGAAGCAGAUGGAGCUGUGUUGCCAAGACAACGAUCAAGUCGCCGAAAUGGAGGUGUUGUUAGUUACAAGGAACCUUCAUUAAACAGUAAACUUCGUCGUGGUGAUGCAAAAACAUGUCAAACUACUCCUGAUCAUCAACUUUCACCUUCAAGUAUGAAGAAACCAAGGAAAAGUAAAAGAGGUAGCAAGUCACAGAAACAAGAGGCUAUGAGUAAUGUGACAAAUACUAUUGACAAUAACCUUCAAGAAGCAGUGACCAGUGACCAUUAACAUGAGGAUGAGUGCCAUCCCUUUAUAUCUGACGGUCCCUGUUUAAUCCUGUUUUCAUCAUCUUUUGUAUAUUCACACGACACCAGUUUCUGUGGUGAUUCGAGUGGCCGAGCGGUAAGGCAGGUGUGCCUCUAGCUACAUUGGCACUGGUUCCAGCCGUGGUUCGGUUGGUAGAACCAAGUCUUCUCGGUUAAGGACUUAAAAUGGAGGUCUAAUGUAUACAUCUGGCUGGUUUGCACUUUAAAGAACCCAUUGCAUCUUUUUGAAGAGUAGGGGGUUACCGAUGUGAUGGUUCAUUUCAGCCCCUGUCGUUGUAGAAUGAUGUGAACGCCCAUACGCAAUUCAGCACAAUGACGCUGCAAGUUAUGGGUUAUUCUCCUACCUUUACCUUUCAAAUAUGAAAUGCUGUAUCUUAAAAAUGCAAAGAAAAGUAGUUCAAUCAUUUUUAGGCUUAGAAUGCAACUAAAUUACAAUAGUUUAAUCAAUUUGAUGAUUUUUACAUGCUGAAACUGGGACAGCAUUACAAAAAAUAUAAAGUUGGUAUAGAUGAUUACAUUCGAAGUUUAAUCAUUUUAAGAAAUGGGGUAUAACUUAUUGGUAACAAUUGAUAUAAUAAUAAGACUUAGGGCAAACAAAUCAGUGGGUCAGAGAUCAUUAUAUGAUCUCUUGCUGGGACAGCAUUGCAAAAAAUAUGAAGUCGGUAAAAAUGAUUACAUUCGAAGUUUAAUCAUUUUAAGAAAUGGGGUAUAAAUUUAUUGGUAACAAUUGAUAUAAUAAAAGACUUAGGCAAAAAAAUCAGUGGGGUCUGAGAUCAUUAUAUGAUCUUUUGCUCAAAAUGAGCAAGUUAAUUUCAAAAUUAUUUUCUAUGAUCUUUUUUUGUCAUUUUCAAGGGACAAUACAUCUUUAGUGCACAAAGCACCAUGAGCGCCACUUAUAGGGUGGAGUAUGCCGUCUAUAUUACAAAAUAUUUUUAUGCAAUUUUUUAAAAGUAUUGUCACCCACUAGACUACCCGGAUAUAUUCUCAGUUGCUUUGAAUUGGGUAAUUGCAGAGUUGAAUGUAAAACAAGUUUUUUGAGUAAAUGACAAAAUUAUAAAAGAUAGAAAUAUGUUCUAAAUAAUUUGUCAUAUAUUUGUUUUGAGCAUGUAAUGUAAUGUUUUGAAUAAAAUUUGACUGCUAUACUAAAU